CUAUGUGUUUGAAACCGACCAUCGAAACCUUCACUUGUGAGAUGUCUGUCGGAGAAGCAAAUAUGGAUCCUGAAAACGUCGUUUUAAAGCCGCAGAAACGAAAGAAAUUACGAAGACUUAAGAAAAGGAAGUAUUUUACUCCUCUGGGUUUCGACUUAAAGCAGGAGAACGGGAGACCGAUGAAGCAAAGGAGAACAAAAACCGCCGCGCCUCAGAAUACCACGCAAUUCAUCAUGGAGGAUAAGGAGGUGACCGAACCGUUUUAUGUAAUUUCUUCUCCUUCCACUUCACCAGUUAGUCACUGUACAAGUUCUCCAGGGUCAGUACGAGGUUCACCUUUAUCGGACAGAGACUUAGCUUUCGAUUCUACUGAAGAAGAUCUCGUUCGCGAUUUCGAGGACCUUGAUUUCGAUUUGGAUUUUUUCCAAAAAGAUUUCGAAGCCACAUACAAUCGUAUUCAAGAGGAAAGCUUAUUGGAGCUCUCUAAAAUCGAACUUGUUAAUAAGUUUAAAGAGCUUGAAGGAAAAGGAGAGAUUCUUCAAAAACGUUGUGAGGAAAUUGGAAGAGUCGGCACUCGUGGACAGCAAAAGUCAUCUACGGCAAAAAAUUCGUAUGUUGUAUCACCAAACGCUUUUCCCGCUCCUGCCGAAAAAUCACAGGACGAAAGUACUUUGCUUUGUUGUCUGGAAGAGUUACGGCGUGAAAAUAAAUCAUUGGUGGAAGAAAAUUUGAGGUUAAAGUCUGCAAAAUGUUCAUUAGGACUUUCUCGGCUUUCAUAGAUACUAUGAUUUUAAAUUACUAGUGGAGGCAAAUAAUGAUGAAAUUGAUGUGGAAUGUGAUAGUUCUGAUGUUGGCGGUGCUUUUUUCGUUGUAUGACGCUUUAACAUUUUACCCAAAGACGACUGACUUCAAGUGUUUCAAUUUAUUGUGUAGAAUACUAAAGCAUGGUCUGGAAUUUUGCGAGGAUUUUGAAACGUUUGGUAAUUUUUCCUUAUUCGAAUUGUUGAGUUGGCAGGUUAAUCUAUUAUUCAUGUUGACUCAGUUUAAUUGUUUUAGUUUGGUUAGCGCGGGUUCGGGUUAUAUUGUAUAAUAAGAAAAUGUGGUUUUGGUUUUGGUUUUCUUUGGAACUUAUUUUAUUAUAUGCAUCAGAGUACCUAAAUAGGUCUGUGGAAACAAGGAGCUUUUUUUCUGUGGUUUUUUUUUUUAAUCAGGAAAUGAUGAUGAAACUUGUGUACUUCCUUAGGUUCUUAAUUUGUUCAGCCUUUUUGUGUCAAGAAAUCUCAUAGUUUUCUUUUGGGUAGACUUAGGAGUAAUUGCAAAUAUAAGAGAAAAAAAGCGAAUUGUUUUUACAGCAAUUAUUUACUUUACAUGUAUUUGCUUUUACUUGAAUGACUUGGGUGGACUAAAACUACAAGUUUUCCACCUUGUGAUUUAGGUGAUGUGUGGUGCACUUGGGUCAUGAAUGAUACCAGUGGCAUUGCCUGUGGAUUACACCACACACUCCAGAAUUAAAGGACAACUGAUACUUCCUUCCUAUCAGGUAAAGGGUUGUUUCAUGCUUUUACCAGGAACUUGUUUUCAAGACAUUAAUAUUGAUGAGCAAAUAUUACUUUGCUUGCUUCUAUGUUGAUUAAAACAGCCAUUGAAUUAUAAUUAUAAAAUAAAAGAAGGUGAUCACAACUUUGAAGGACUCAAGUUUCUGUGACAGAAGGAUCAAUGUAGUGUUUGAUCUUUUUUCAAAGUAGUCCCUCUUAAUGGGUGUUAAGCAAAAAA